UAAACCAUUAUGUUAAUUUGACAGAUUAAGUGUCUUUUUUUAAUUUUUUUUUUCUAAAUCGGGUAAAGUAUUCGAUAUUCUUUUAUGUGUAAAACAUAUUAUAUUGAUCAUGACAAGAAAGAAGGUAGAUGACGUUUUCUUUCAACUAUUUUGCGAGAAAAACUCCGAUGGAACCAAACAUUUACGACUUCGAGGCAAAGAGCUUUAUCAGAGAUUUGGCUUCCGACUUGAUAAAAGCCACAUAAGAAAAUUAGCUGAUUUCCUAAGUUCGCAUCCAGAAAUAAUAUCUCUGGACCUAUCUUAUAAUAAUUUAGGCAACGAUGGUGCUGAAAUUCUCGCUGACUUGUACUUCGAUAAACCAAACAGCAUUAAACAUUUAAAUUUAUUGCACUGCGACAUCGAACCGGCCGGAUUAAAAUCCUUAUCCAAUGCAAAAUGUUUAAACUUAAAGUCGAUGAAAUUGGAAGGAAACAAAUUGGGCCCGGAAGGAGCUCAGUUUAUCGGGACCGUAAUUGAUCGUUGUGAAGAGCUUGAGACGUUAGAUAUAGGUGAAACUGACCAGACUAAUGAAAGUAUCGAAGCUAUACUGAUAGUCAUUGAAAAAUCUUCUUUGAAGUCCCUAAAUAUAUCAAGAAUUAUACCAAAAACAUAUUAUUCAAAAUACAAUACUGCUAAUAUGGCUGACAAUAUCAGUAUAUUAAUGAAAUUAAAUGAAUCUCUUGAGGUCUUAAGAGUGCAGAAGUGCGAAUUUGAUGGUCACGAUAUUGAAUUGCUGGUAUCAGGCCUAUUUUACCAUCGCAACCUGAGGAUGCUCGACUUGGGAGCAAAUAGAUUCGGAGACCAUGGUAUAAAAUUUAUCGGAAGUUGGUUAAAAAUAAGACCACCAAAUCUAAUCGGAUUACGACUGCCAGGAAAUAAUAUUACAGGACCAGGAGCUCAAAUUCUAGCACAAAAUCUACCAUUCUCAAGGAUUCGAUAUCUGGAUCUGCAACAUAAUAAAAUAAAUAAAAAGGGUGUCUCAGAAAUCCUCUAUAGCAUUAAAAAGUCCACCCCUAUGAGAAUGUUUUUUAUAUGGGGCAACGAAAUUGGACACGAAGAGCUGCUAACGCUCGAAAAGUUCCUUAAAGUAGGAAUACUUGAACAAGAAUGUAUAGACGUGAAAAUUUAUAAGAGCGAUGGAAAUUUGAGGGCGGCAUACUACCCCACCAAUGAAUUCGUUUUGAAGUCCUAUUCUAUAAGCGACUACGGAUUUCCACCGGAAUUAAAAAUAAUUAGAAAUGAAAUUGUGGCGCCUACAGAGAAACCUCGUGCUUUGGUUAAUUUUGAAUUUGUAAAAAGAUAUCCUCCAGCACUACCUAAACCAAAACUUGCUCAACAUAGAAACAGUAAAGAAUCUGAUGACGUCAGUACUACGUCUAAGGAAGAGAAAGUUAGUUCAUUACUUAACGUCCAGGAGAGUGGAAUAUUUAUAUGAAGUACGAUUUUAUUUGGUUAAGGGAAAAAAAUGUGUAAUUUUCAGUCUAAUAAACUUGCGUGACAAAAGUA